AUGGCCCCUGCUGCUCCUUCCAAUUAUGCCGGCGACCAGCAGCCGCUCCCGGAGAAGCUGCGGGAGAUUCUUGGGGAGCAUUGCCAAGUACAGCGCGUGAACAAGGACCGCAAAAUUGUCGGCGCGGCCAGUCCGGAGGAGCUGGGGCAGUCCAUGGAGAACGAGCAGCGUCGGAAAUUUUGCGAAAAUCAGCUGAGCCAACUGGGUAACGACUUUGACAAGGUGGUCCAGUGGGUAGAGGCGGUGAAGGCAAAAGCCAAUGCUUUGUACUACAGCUCUCGCUACGAACCCGACCGUGUGCAAGAACACGAGCUUGUCUCCGAUCCCGCCUCCGACGAGCAGGCAAUUGCUCUUUGUUCGGCUCGUCCUGAUGGGACGACUAGUCCAGCUGCGUGCCCGUCCACAUCUACUUCCUGUGCAAGUGAAGAUUUGUCCUGCGACCUUGCCAAGCUGAAAGAAGCCGCGUUGCUCUACUACGACUGCUUGUCCGGACUGGAAAAGUGUGCAAAAAUUAUCGUUGCGAAAGGACAAUACGAUGAGGGAAGUAGCAGCUGCAGCAGCACAACAGAAACCGGAGGCCGAACUGAGAAUGAAAAGACGAGAAACUCGUACCAGCAGCAGAUACAACUGCCGAUCACGGCCAACCUGGCUGCCUGUAUGUUGGAAAUGCGGCAUUUUCGAGAGUGCAUUCGUUUGUGCGACUUGGCACUGUCUGUACAGCCCGAUCACGUGAAGGCGCUUGUCCGCCGAGGUAUUGCCUACUACAAGCUACGGGAACCGGGGAAGGCAAAAGUAUAGUACUAGACUGUUGCGGUUGAUGGGGUUGGAAGCAACAUGACAAAGGCAGGUUCGCGAAUCUUUUGAGUAGCUGUCGCUUUGUGCCUGUUUGAUGAUGAAAAACUAUCAAUCCCACAUUUAGCACAACUUGAAAAACAAAGGUAGAUCUCAUUCGCAGCCUCGAGUUGCUGGAUAUCAUGGAUGCCGCCACAGCUGGGGACACUGCUGGGACCGGCAGUGCCGCGGCGACAGCCGGCACUGCAGCUCUGUCAGCGACAACGACAGAGAAUCUUCGCCGACGGGCAACUGUGUAUUUGA